AUGUUGUGAACAUUCUGUGGUUGAGAGAGUUGAGAAAGAGUCGGUCAGCCAGAGUGGAAAGAUGCUUUGUUUUAGGCCUCAGAUGGUGGCGCAGAAACGCCAAAAAAGACUAAUUCAGAAGCUCACCAGAGUUGGCAAGGGUGCAGAGGAGGCUCAGCAGGAUGGCAUAUAUCAGCUCAGCAGGAUGAUGUGCCCAGAUGAUGCCAACAUUGUGGGCAACGUCCACGGUGGCACCAUCCUGAAGAUGAUCGAGGAGGCCGGAUGCAUCAUUGGCACACGGCACUGUAACACACAGAACGAGGACCGCUGUGUGGCCGCGCUGGUUCGAGUAGAGAAGACAGAGUUCCUGUACCCCAUGUUCAUCGGCGAGGUCGCCCAUGUCAGUGCCGACAUCACUUAUGCCUCCAAGCACUCGGUUGAGGUGCAGGUCAAAGUCGUGGCGGAGAACAUACUGACAGGGACCAAGAAACUGACCAACAAGGCAGCCUUGUGGUACGUCCCCGUCUCUCUGCAGAAUGUCGACAAGAUCAUGGAAGUGCCUGCUCUUAAGUAUGACAGUCCAGAACAAGAGGAAGAGGGAAAAAAGCGCUAUGAGGCCCAGAAGAUGGAGAGACUGGAGACCAAAGAGAGGAAUGAAGAGGUGUUGCCGUCUGUGCCUAACCCUGAAGUACCGCCAAAAGAACAGCACUCAGUUGGUUUCAGCCAGUCCAGCCUGAUCCAUCUGGUGGGCCCCUCUGACUGCACGCUACACGACUUUGUUCACGGAGGUGUGACCAUGAAGCUGAUGGACGAGGUGGCGGGCAUCGUGGCCGUUCGACACUGCAACACCAACGUCGUCACUGCCUCUGUGGACGCCAUCAACUUCCAUCGCAAGAUCAAGAAAGGCUGUGUGGUGACAGUAACGGGGCGGAUGACGUUCACCAGUAACAAGUCCAUGGAGAUUGAAGUGUUUGUAGAUGCUUCCCCGCUGUUGGAGCCAGAGAAAGCGAAAUACCGUGCCGUCUCCGCCUUCUUCACUUUCAUCUCCUUGGACAAGUACAAUAGGCCUCAACCUGUCCCUCCUCUCAAGAUUGAUGGAGAGGAAGAGCAGAAGCGGUUUGAGGAAGCCAAGGCACGCUACCUCCAGAACAAGGCAAAGAGACUGGCACAGAAGGAGGCCAAACAGUGACACCGCUGCUCACAGUACAACCACCCAGCGUAACACAUAUGAAGGGAUUAAACAGAAAAAACCUCUUUCCUAUACAUCAACUUGUAGCUUCCUGUUGAACUUAAGUCUGUUGUUGUUGUCUUUUCCUCAGUGCUACACACCAAAGUGUCUCACUCUUAACUGUAAUUGUAAGAGAAAAAUAAUAUAUAUAUAUAUAUGAUUUUAUCUUUUUAUUUAAAUGUGGAGACUAUUCAUGAUCACUGUCAGUGCAAAGUGAUGGUCUGAGUGCAAGGAAAAUGAUGAAUAAGUGAGUGAAUAAUAAUGAAUAAAAGAUACAAGCCGUGA